CUCGCGGCUGCUCCUCACUUACGCUGACAACAUCCUCCGGUUGGCAGCGGGAGUUAAUUAAAGCUGAAUUUCUUUGAGGUGGCUCUGUGGGUGCACCUACACGCCAGGACGUGUGAUUGACCUUGAUGUCUUCCAGUCGCUCGAGGUGUAUGGGCUACCCCUCCCUGUCGGUGUCUGGCCCGUCGACCGCUCGUGAAAGCUGCUCUGUGUGACAGAGAAUAGCGAGUCCCGGGCUGGCUUCUAUUUAAAGAAAGAGGCGCGAGAAAAAGGUUUUCAGAAGAGCUGAAAGGAGAUCUGAGAGGUAGCACAGAGACCACAGUCUUUUCACUCACGUACCGGGCAGUUUAGCACAGCUCCCGUAGUGGGACUAAAUCCAUCCAACGUUAACCUGACGGGUUCAAUUAGAAUGCACCAGGUAUAGGGGGAUGUGAAGCUGUCUCUUAGCCCUGCUGGGUAUGACUACAAAACGUGAAUUCAUGAACAUAAGUUGCAAGCUGAACUUUAGCACCGGUUGGUGACUCUCAGAGUUAAGUACAAAAAGACAUUUAUAAAGUCAAAGUUUUAUGUAGGCUUCACUUCAGUAAUGUAAAUGAAACUAAAAUUAAAAAAAAAAAAAACAAAACACUUUUGUAGUGCAGUUACUCAGGUUUUAAGUGUUUACUUAAUUUGCAAAUAUAAUUACAACUUUCAAUUUGUUCAGGAAUCCCUAUGAGGAAAAAUACAGAUUAAUUCGGAUUGGAAAUCCAGCAUUUUCCACAAGGCUGUUGCCCGUCAGAGGAGCAGUUGAAUGUUUAUUUGAGAUGGGGUUUCAAGAGGGAGAAACUCACCUGGUUUUCCCUAAGGAAGCUUCAAUUGAGCAACUACGUAAAAUCAGAGACUUAAUUGCUGGAGAGAGGAGUAGCAGACUGAAUGAGUCGAACUACAUCCACAGAUCAGGAUCCUCUGAAACUGUCAGCAGCACUCAGACAGCUGCACAACAGCCAUCAAGACCUGUUGACUCUGUUCUUGCUCCUGCCCAUCAGCAACCAGAAACAUCACUUGUGCAAUCUCUUGAAAUGGCUGCAAAUAUCUUGAAAACACUUCAAACAAAAUUUGAGAAUCUUGUAUUGAUGUAUGAGAAUCCUUCUAUUCAGCAGAAAGCACUAGCUGCAAUUCCCCUCCAGGAACUGAAAAGCAAGGCUCAGAAAAAGCUAGCACAAGCUACAAGACUGGACAAAGGUGCACAUGUGAAUGAAGAAGACUUCUUAUUGUUGGAGCUUUUGGACUGGUUUAAGACUUCCUUUUUUCAUUGGGUAAAUAGUCUUCCUUGCAGCAGAUGUGGUGGGCAGACAGAGCCUAAAAAGGACUACCUGUUGCCUACUGAUGAUGAUCUGAGGUGGGACGCCAGGAGAGUGGAAAACCAUUACUGCAACCGGUGUCAGCUCUGUAAUAGAUUCCCAAGGUAUAACAACCCUGAAAAACUUCUGGAAACCAGACGUGGACGCUGUGGCGAGUGGGCCAACUGUUUCACCCUGUGCUGCAGAGCUGUAGGGUUUGAAGCAAGAUAUGUCUGGGACAAUUCAGAUCAUGUGUGGACUGAAGUAUAUUCUUCAUCUCAGAAAAGAUGGCUUCACUGUGAUCCUUGUGAAAAUGUCUGUGAUAAGCCUCUUCUCUAUGAAACUGGCUGGGGAAAGAAGCUCUCCUACAUAAUUGCAUUCUCCAAAGAUGAGGUUGUUGAUGUCACCUGGAGAUACAGCUGUAAACAUGAAGAAGUACUCUCUAGAAGGACGGCACUCAGUGAAGCUACGCUGCGAGAGACAAUUAAUGCACUAAAUAGAACGAGACAAAAGUCUUUGUCAGAAAAUAGAAGAAGAGAGCUCCUGGAAAGGACUAUUGUAGAGCUUGUUGAGUUUAUUUCUCCUAAAACACCUAAACCUGGGGAAUAUGGUGGAAGAACUUCAGGCUCCAAGGCUUGGCGAGUAGCCAGAGGUGAAAUUGGUUCACAGAAAAGAAAAGAAGUUGUUUUUAUUCCCUCUGAAAAGGAGAAGACAGCUAAAUUGUUCCAUCUCAUCUACAAUGUAAUAGAUGAUAGUUAUACACGGAUUUCCAAUAACAAUGAAAAAAUAAAUGGCUGGGAAGCAGGUGUUUGGAAGGCAGAAUCUAUUUGGAGGAAGGUUGAAACAGAUUGGAAAAUGGUUUAUUUAGCCCGAAAAGAAGGGUCAUCCUCUGCUUCCAUCAGCUGGAAGUUUGAGUGCAAGUCUGUUGGACUAAAAAUAGAUAACAUUUCAGUUAGGACAAGCAGUCAAACAUUUCAGAGUGGAAGGAUACAGUGGAGACUUUGCUCUCCUACAGCAGAAAUUCCUUUGAUAGGAGAUAAAAAUCUUUGCUCCUGUUCAGAUUUUUCUGGAGCAACGGAAGUUAUGUUGGAAGCAGUUCUAAAUGGAGGGGAUGGUGAAACUGCAUGGCAACACACACAACUGUUUAGAGAGAGCUUAACAGGAUGUGGGGAAAAUUGCUUGGAGAUAAUUAUAAAACUCAGUGACCUCUGAGAAUCUGACUGCAGAAAUGUACUUUGGAUUCCUUGAAGAUGUUAUACUAUGGAUACAACAUGAAGAUUUGGUUGGCAAUUCCUCUUCAUCUUGCUGGCAGCUUAUUUCCUGUUUCACUGCUUCCAUUAAACCAACUUGAAACUGCACGUGUAUUGAAUAGGUAAACAUCACUAUGAAAACCUCUUUGCUAUAAAACCAAACACCAAAAUUAGGGGAUUGAACUGUAAAGUACCAUUUUAUUAAACUUUACAAUUAAAAGGAAACAAUUUUUAGGAAGCAAAACAUGAUCAUAGAAGCACAAAGCAAUUGUAAUUGGUUUUAAUUUGGAGUUUUGAGAUCGGCUUGCUGGGUUUUUUUGGUUUUUAUAAUCUACCUGGAAAAACAGUUUGAAUUCUGUUUUCAAAUUACAACAGAUGCUUGUAAUGAUUUAAAAAAUAUUUUAAACAAUAUUAGGGGAUUUAGACAGUGUUUUUUUUAGUUUGAUUUCAUGUAGUAUCCAGAAGUGCUGAAAUUAAGAUAAUUUCAAGAUUGCUUCAAAAUUUCUUUGUUAGAUGUCAAAGUAUUAAACCUGUGUUUAAUACUAGAACUAUUUGGAAGCAUGAUAGUUGAUGGAAAAAUAACCUCAUUUUGAAAGAAGUACCUAAAAUUGUUGUGGCCUGUGAUAUGAAAUAGAGGCUUAAAACUGAGUAAGAAAAUAAUAUUUUUUCUAUGAAAAAAUAGGUUAUUCAUUAUAAAUACUUCUUAAUGAUAUUAAUUCAGAUUUACUUACUUAAUCUUUUAAAAGGUUAGCAUGUAGGUUGAAAUCCUUUUAAGCUAUUGUCUUGGCUUGCUUUAAAUACUAUUCCCAAAUUUGAUGUAAAAGUAUAUGCAUUUUUUUUCUGUUCAGUUAAUGCAGUGUUUAAAUUUAUUUUCAGUCAAUACAAUAAAAAAUACUGUCCAGGAGAUGUUAGAUGUUGCAGUGCUGUGAAUAAAGCAUGGAGUGAAUGUUCAGAUGAGAUAGUCUUUAUCAAAAUAUGAGGAAGGCCACGCCUGGAUUAUACAAGGGAUUUUCUAUUAUAGAACUAAAAUGCAAAGUUCAAACUAUGGUUUUAUUUUAAAGUAAGUGAGAAUUAAGGAUUAUGUUCUCAAGAUCAGUGUUUUUAAAGUUUUUCUUCCUUUUUCUGACCUUUCCAACCUCUGUAUUGAUUUGAAGUGUUUGUCAAAAUUAAUUUAUGUUGAAAUAAAUGUUUGCUGACCUUUCAACAAAUCUAAGCAAAUAUAAAACUACUCAGAUUUUAUUAGAAGACUGCAUAUGCACAGUGAACACAGGCAUCUUAAAA